GGAAUCAACAUUUUAAUGAAAGCAGCAUUGGCAGUCUGGCUGUGCUUAAAGCUUGAAAGCACGAGGGAGGGCAGCCGCAUGCCGGUUGAAGGACCUCGAAAAGCCAAGAUGGCCGCGCCCUUGGCAGACGCCGGGGAGUUUGAAAAUUGGCUAAAUGAGCGGCUAGACGCGCUGGAAGUGGACCGCGAGGUGUACGGCGCCUACAUUCUGGGCGUGCUGCAGGAAGAGGAGAACGACGAGGAGAAAAGAGAGGCGCUUCGAGGAAUCUUAUCGGCCUUUUUGGAUGAAGAAGACACGCUAGAAGAUGUCUGCCAACAGAUCAUCAAGCACUGGACGGAGUACUGCAGCCACCCGGCAAACAAGCGAGACUCCGGAGAUGUUGAGGUCCAGGCCAUCGCCAGCAUGAUUGAAAGGCAGGCCCAGAUUGUGGUCAAGCAGAAAGAAGUGUCGGAGGAGUCCAAGAAACGCAAGGAGGCCCUCCUGGCGCAGUAUGCCAACGUUACGGAUGAAGAGGAUGAAUGUGAAGAAGAGGAAUCGGCAAAUGGAAAUGUCAUUCCUGGACAGGACAAGUCCAUGUUCAAGAACACCAACGUGGAGGAGGUCCUGAACAGGCAGAAGCAAAAACGGGAGCAGGCCCGCGAAGAUGCCCAGAAGAAGAAGGAAAUGGACAAAAUGCAGCGGGAGAAGGACAAGCUGGCCAAACAAGAGAGGAAGGAGAAGGAGAAGAAGCGCACACAAAAGGGAGAACGCAAAAGAUAAAGGCUGGGAGAAAGGACAUUGGAUGACGUGGGAAAAUGGGUGGCCACGUUACUCUUUGGGGGAGGGGUGGGGGGGACAUUUUGGUCAUCGUGUUCAUGUGUAGGAGCACAUUCAACUGUUAAUGAGCCCAUGUGACCUUGUUGUUAUCGCGCUAUCAUAAAAAGAUGCGACAGAGCCGAAGAAGGAAAAAAACACUCGCCGGUUUGAAAUGGCGUCUUUUUAAAGUAAUAAACUUUUGGAGCGUUUUCA